AUGUCGCCAUUAUCAGGCUCUCCCAAGUUUCGAGUAGCAAUCUGUGGUGCAGGUAUAGGAGGGCUUGUCCUCGCCAUUACAAUCGGGAAGUUUGCAGGUCGCGAUAUCCACAUAGACUUGUACGAAGCGCAUGACACCAUCACCACCGCCGGGGCCGGGGUUUCACUUUGGCGACGCGCGACGGAGAUCAUGGAGGAACUCGGCAUGUACGAGGAAAUGUCCUACGUUUCGACGAAGCCCUCUUCCUCCAGUAAUGGAUUAAUAUUCAGAAAUUCUAAUACCUCAGAGGGUGGUCAUGAGUGGUUUCAUUAUAUCUUUGAACCAUACGGGCCAUCCAAUAUGCACCGCCAGCAUCUCGUUGACGUUCUCAAGAAAAACCUCCCCUCAUCAUGCACUGUGCACUUUAAUAAACGGCUCACUAAAUAUGACAACCAGUCACCAGGAUUACUGGUCCUCCACUUUGCUGAUGAUAGCACUGCGACUACGGACGUGUUAGUAGGAGCAGAUGGUGUCCGCUCCUCAGUGCGGAAGACGCUUUUCGAAACAAUAGACCCAAGCAUCGUAGAUCCAAGCAAUAUAAAACGCUACAGCGAUCCAUCUUGGACCGGAACACUUGUCUACCGUAGCGUCUUUCCGGCAGAGAAGCUCUCCAAGAUGGAUCCAAAUAACGUAGCUUUGAAGGAUUUCAUGAUGUUCUGCGGGAAAGGAAAGCACAUCGUCUCGUUUCCGGUUUCACGGGGAACGCAAAUCAAUGUCGUGGCAUUUGUUUCUGAUGAACAGAAAGCCGGUGUGCAUUUUGAGGGCCAUUGGGUUUCAAAUGUGUCCCUUGAAGAGGUUGAGGAAGCAUAUCAAGACUUCGAGCCCGAUGCCAAGCGCCUUCUGAAAUGUUCCGAAAACCCCUCGAGAUGGGCACUUCACGUGGUAAAUGAAUUACCGCUAACCACUUGCAACAAAGUUGUGUUGAUAGGUGAUGCGUCCCAUGCUAUGAGACCUCACCUCGGCGCUGGAGCUGGUCAGGCAAUCGAAGAUGCUUUUGUGCUCGGCCGCCUUCUUGCACACCCACUCACAACGUUGGAUAAAGUACCCACCGCGCUGAAAGUAUAUCAAAAUGUCCGUCUCCCAUUCGCUCAAAGCGUAGCGCGUGAAUCGGAACGCACAGGAUAUAUGUAUGAUUUUUUCUCGCCUGGGUAUCAUGAUGGAACAGAUCGAGGAAAUGAACAAGAGGAGAGAGAAGUUCUGAAACGGAAGAUUGUGGACCAGUGGAAUUGGGCAGGUGAAGGAGGUGCCGUUGCUGAAUGGCUUAAGGCAGAAAGGCAACUGCAGGAAAACGUAGGUUUGUAGAACGGGUGAUGUGAUAAUGAUGCGCUGUGUUCUUAGAAGUUUCAUGCGCUACACGAAGUGCGUCCCAUAUUCAACUAGCACAAAACAGAAUAUACACGCCGUUAUCUACAAAGUGGGUUAUACAAGACAUCUAUAUUUGCUUUCUCUGCAAGUUCUUCGGCAGCUCCUUAACCCAUGGUAGGAAGUCCCGUCCUUGCAUAUAUGGCCUGAGUACCUCAGGUAUAACGAGACCCUUAGGGCACAUGCAGUAUUAGCGUCA